CGGCUUCUCCGAGGCACAGACACAAUGAACCGUCAGACGGUGAGAGACACGCUUGUUGGCCCGGAGGCAUUGGCACGGUGCUAGCGCAAUAUUAUUCUCAUUUGUGUCUUAUUUUUAUAUAUACAAACACCUGGUUUUCUUUUACAGCAUAUUUUCGCUGUAUGGCUGUAACGAGGCUCAACGGGAAACGGUCGGUUCGUCGAGUUUGAUGAGAACGAGGUCAGGCUCAGACUACCGUUAGCCCCUCCUGGCGGAUUAUUUCUUUCCGUUUUUGUUUUUUUAAAAGAUAAAGCCACCCACCAAACAAGACAGAUAACAAUGUCGUUGACUGCUUCGUCUGAUUACUUCGCUGCCGAGUGUCUGGUGUCGAUAUCCAGCGGUCCGGUCCUACACAGACCCACCCCGGUCGCCCCCGCCAGUCAGUCGGCCCCGGUGGGCCUGCUCCCCGGGGAGCCCGAGGUGUCGUGCGAGGACAGGGAAGUGCGGGAGGCGCUGAGGCUGGAGGGGGGCAACAUCAUGGCGGUGGCCGGUAUCCUCACCGACCUACACGGCAAGUUCCGCCCCAUGUCGGCCUACUCGGAGAGCAGCAACUCCUCAUGCGGCGGGGAGAGCGGUUACACCACGUUGUCCGACCCCACCACCCCGACCAUGACCCCCUCUGCCACCCCUGUCCCCGGGCACCAGCAGCUACGGGGAGGUGGCGGCGGCGUGGGGGCCCCGCGGUCCCCAGUGAAGCGACACCAGUGCACUUUUGACGGAUGCGACAGAGUUUACGGCAAAUCGUCCCACCUGAAGGCACACAUCCGGACACACACAGGUGAGCGGCCUUUCCCGUGCACCUGGCCCGACUGUGAAAAGAAGUUUGCCCGCUCCGACGAGCUCGCCCGCCACACCCGCACCCACACGGGGGAAAAACGCUUUCUGUGCCCGCUGUGCGACAAGCGCUUCAUGCGCAGCGACCACCUGAUCAAGCACGCCCGUCGCCAUCCUGACUUCAAGCCUUCCAUGUUGGGCCGCAACAAAGGCGCGUCCUCCUCUCCCAGCCCAGUCAUGCACCACUAGAAUGGUUUGGGUUGGGGGGGGGUUCCUAGCAGGAGCACAGGAGGUCACAGUGGUUUCAAGUUACCCAGCUACAAUCAGAUCUACCGACUAGGAUUUAGCAUUGCUGUGUUGUACUCAAAAACUGCUCCACACACACACACACACACACACACACACACACACACACACACACACACACACACACACACACACACACACACACAGAGCUGUAUGGGAGGUUGGAGCAGCUCAUCCCCCCCAUCACAGGCAUGUGACCACUAUCUACCUGCUCAGCAUAACUAGGGGUUGGGUAUCUAGAAUGCUCCAAAUCCAUAAGAGGUGGGGAUUUGUUAAGAAAUGUGCCUAUCGAUUCCACUCAUCGUUUUCUGAAAACUAAGUUUGGACCUACUUACUUCAUUUAAACCGCCAGUUACACGUGUUUCAAAGUACGUGUAUAAUGUUUACAAUAUGACAGACCGAAGUUCACUUAUGAAAGUGCGGCUGCGCUUCAGACGAGAUAGUUAUGAGGCACUGAAAUUUAACCACUGCAUGAAAAUAAACACAUGCAACGGUAAAACGUCUUUAAAAACAUUUACCACAGAAUGGAAUAUUUUAGAUUUCCUAAAUGACAAUUAAAUCAAACAAUUUUAUAGUUUACACAACCAGAUGAGAACAUCUGAGAAUGUGUUUUUCUUUUUUUGUUAAUCCUCAAUUAAAUACAGGGCAGAUCAAGGUAUUUCAUCACAUUGAUGCAAAACUUGUGUCAAACUAAAUAUACCACAAAGUAGUAGUCGUCAUUGACUAAUGCACCAAUAUUAUUGGGCUUUAAUGGCUCAGAAAGAAAAAUAAAAUGUAAAACCAUUCUACUUGCCUUAACAAAGAUGGUUUGUAUAUAAAUAUUUUAGUUUUUAAUCAAGUAGAAAUGGCUAAAUACGUUGUCAUUUAUUACUUGUUUAUGGCAGCCUAAACCCAAUGAAAAUUUGUUUACUUUGAAAAUACUUCGGUUUCUUCUAUUACUCAGGAUUCGAUUUGAAAAGGAAUCAUUAAGCAGAUUUUCUUUGACAUACCCAACCCGAACAAUAGCCACAUUAUCUCACAAACACAACUUGCAGGGAUUCCUCACAUUUUCGCUACAAAUCUCCACCUUAAUAAGCCCAAGUUCCUCUGUUUUCUUGUGGUUGAUUUGUAGAUUUUUUUACUCUUCACUACUGGUUAUUCACCACGAGUAACACAGUUGUGAUGUUAGGUAGCGAGGCGGUGAGUAGAAGCCUUUUUAGGUUUUUUUUUUUUUCUUCUUUUUUUUUUUAAAGCUUUGCUCAUUCCAUAUAAAGUUUUAGACCAUACCUAUAACUUUUUUAAAUUUUUUUUUAUUGCAUUGGUAACCAUCGUUAAGUCAAACAUGUAAUCUUUUCUUUACAUCCGUACUAAUGAUCGAUGAUCAAGUAAUGAUUUUGCUAGAAAGUGGAUCAGCUGUAUAGGAGCUGUUUGCACGCCAUCCUGCAGUCUGGAUCAUUUAUCACUCAUGAAAUGCUGGCACAUAAUGCACACUGGUAUUAUGUUUAAUACUGAUGCAAAUGUAUGUAAGCUUUAAGCUUUUAAUGUAGAUCAAUGGUAAUGCUACUAGCAGCAGAAUUAAUGUGUGAAUUGUAGUCCUUACAUUAGGGGUAACGGUAUACUCUUGAUAGGAUGGCAUUGCCUCGGAGUGUCGGUGUGUAUGUAUUUCUAUUUACACUUUUGUUAGCGUCACAACCGGGGAUCGUGUACGCUAUAUGUCAAACUAUUUUGAGAUGGUCAGGAGGACAUAAGUGGAGCUUGACUUUCAGCCUGCUGCCUUUCAAAGUAAAACGUCUUCACCCUAAUCAUCGAGGGUCUGAAGCCAGAUGGCAGAGCGCGUUACAGGAUCUUGUGUGCCAGGUUUUUUCCUGUUUUUUUUGGGAUGGUUUGAGUUUCAGCUGAGAAAAGAAACACAAGUCUGACGUAUGGCGUUGGACAAAAAACAAAAAUGCUCAAAAAAUACUACUCUGCUUCCAUUUAUUGAGCUGAGCAUUUUGACUUAUCAAAGCAGCGAAAGCACAGGUUCAAUUACUAUGAAUGAUAAGUUAAUGAUGACUAUUCCGUGCAGGUGUUUCAUGGAACCAGCGGGCACAUGUCAGAAAGACACAGCCAAUGUUGUUAUUGGUUAAGCCUGCGUUUGACACGUCAAAAUAUCCAAUGUAAGAAAGACGCGUUAUAAUGCUGAAUAAAAACAGAUGAGUGAAGAACCAGUUCAGUCCAUUUUAGCCAAACCGACACCUACAUAUUCCUAUAUGCCAAGAAGUCAAUAAUCAGCCGUGGAUUUCAGGAAAACUAACAUUCAACUCAAUACUGAAUGCUAUUGAAGUCUAUUCAAUGGCAUCUGAUUAUAGAGGAUCUUUUUUUCAUGUUUCCACACUGUUUGUCCACAGCAUGGACAUAUUCCUUUUAUCUCAGUGAACAACACUUAAAGCCUUAAACUAUGUCAUAACUACUACGCACCAUGUUUACAGUUGGAUCCUUGUACAGGUAUACAUGCCCUCACGGGGGCUCAACGCAGAUACUCAUUAUGCAAUAUGGCACUUUGUUCAUACAGGUGUAUUUGGCUGAAUGGUGUGAUGGCUUGCUCUGUUGCUAUGGUUCUACGCGCCGCGGACCUAAUGUGUUGCUAACCAAUGGUUUGUAAAACCGCCUUUUUGUCCAAGUGCUUUAGAAAGCGUGAUACAAGAAGUUGGCGUUUGUUUUUGGUUUGUUUGGUUCUUCCCAGUGUGGCGUCGUCAUCCAGACCAACUCUUCUUAUGGAAUGUGUAUAUUUUAGCUUUUUCUAUACAGAUCAUUCAACUUUGUCUCCUCCGCUUUCUGACUUCAGAUGUCUUCCUCAUUCAUGUGUCUUCACCAUUUCCCUGUUAAUCUCAUGUUCAUGAGAUGUCUCAUGUUCUCUUGGGGGGGUGUACACAUUUCUUUUCUCAGAAGUUUGAUCUGUUGACAGUUUUUGGUUGCUGCUGGCAGUAACCACAUAUCUAUGGACUAAGGGAACAUACACAAUAUACUUGUCUUUCAGAUCUUCAAAUGCAAAUAUUGGCCCCCAUCUCUUUUAAAAGAUGGGGGCCUCCACACAGACUGUCCUGGUCUCAAGGCUAUAACAUCACAAUAACAUACCUCACUGAUUCUUUUCCUUUUUUUCUGUUGGUGUCUUUAUGAAAUCCAUCCAAACUGUCUUUCAGAGUCUUGAAUAGCCAUCGAAGCUUUGGUUUCAUAAAUGGGUUUGCAGCGCGAGGUGGUCUGCUGUGUGCCCCAACUCGUAUCUUGUCUUUAUAUGCAACAUCACUACUACCUGUACAGCGGCGGGAUUUCAUUUCUCUUGCCUCGAUGGACUUCAGCUGUUAAUAGUCAGUAGCAAAUGAAUCUCUGGGAUAAAUCAAUCCCCCGACAUUAAAACCCAGCAGCAGCCUCAGCUCGGGCGGAGGUGUUCAAAUGUAAAGAACAAACAUCUGUAAGCUGUCACUUCACUGCAGAGCUCAGUCCAAAACAUGUGUUCAUAUCGCUGAAUGUGGCUUGAUGACAGACGGGCGUUGUCCACUUUGGAUUUGAUUUUUGCUGCCUUGCUGAGAACGAAGAUGCGAUGAUUUUCGCUCGUCACCACACUAAUUCAGAUAUACACAUUGUACACGGAUGGAUGUUUUUUUUUAAAUUGAUGCCUAAUUUUUACAUAAAUGUAAUUUUUAAAGCUCCUCUUGUCAAAGCUUUAGUUGAGGUAAAGAGGAGGAACUGUGGAACUAAAUAACUGCUGCAAAAAGUCAUUUUGAUAUUUAUAUUCUCAGGUGUCUUAAAUUUUGAGCAUUGGGGUUUCAAUAUUUCCUGUGCAACAUCAAGUACAAGCAUGUUUUACUUCCUUUCUUGUGCUUAUUAAUUUAUUCCAAAAAUUGUGUGGUUUAAAUAUUCUUUUCAUUACUCAUUUUGUGAUAUGGAACAGUGCUAAAAUAUAAAAUGGUUCCAUUGUUUGCUUGACAUGAAAAUACCUGUGCUUUUUUUAAGAAUAAAAACAUUUAAGUU